GGUCCAAUGCAGUGGACGGCCUGUAUUGUGAACAUCGCUCUGUCUGUCUGUGUGUGUGACUGUGUAUUGGAGACAAUUACGUCAGUGCUCAGAUUCCUCUAUGGACAUAGCCCCCUCCUUGAUUACUCUGUAUGAUAAGUAUGCAUCAACAGACAACGAACUCAUGUCGAUCAAGGAGAACACAACCACCACGACGGAGUCACCUGACAGGACCAGCAGUGAUGGCAUCAUCACAGCCGAGACAGGAACCACUGAAAUCGCCGGGAACCAGGAAGAUGCCAUGGCAGUUGAAGCCACGGGCGCCAUGGAUGGGCCUCUGAGUAACAGUGACUCUCCCGCUCCGGCCGAACCGACAGAUGAGACUACUAAGGCUGAGGAAGCAAACACUAUGCCAAAUCCCCCUAACCAAAGUUUUCUAUACAGUUCUCUCUCGUCUGUGAAGUUGGACUUAUCAGAUGAGGAAAAAGACACAUUUGAUACGGAUGUGAGUAGCUUGAAACCAAGGAGCGAGAGUUGCCCCGGAAUUUUGGACGAAGACUGUGAACAAAGUACUAACGCAACUGUGGAGACUGAAAUAGAACGUACUACUGCAGCGCCUACUGAGAGUAAACAGAAGACAUCAAAUCUAGAAUCCAAAUCCUCUGGUCGCGACUCGCGGUCAUCAAGUCUUGAGAAAAACAGCCAUCCACCACCAAGGCGUAAAUCAGCAGCAUCCUCGCCGCCAGAGCGGACAGACACUAAUGCCAAUCUGAGAGGUUUCCAAAGAACAUUGUCAUUCGGUGCGCGGCUAGCGAGGACGAAAUUCAGCCAGUUUAUCGAGAGCAACGCUCUUGGAAAAUCCAAAAGUGAAGCACCGGCGAACAAGAAGGCCGGCGAGGCACCGACGGCCAAGCCAAGAGGCCGAUUACGAAGCGACUCGGAACCAGUGCCCCUGUCAGCCAUCAAACUGGACUAUAAGAGAAAAUCCUCCCGUACCGGUAUCAACCCGACCAUUUCGUCCGCAGUGGAGGCUGAUAUUGAUGUGUUGUCUCCUUCGCCCUCCCCAGUCUCGACUCCGCCCCUUCGGUCCAGGUCCCAACAGUCCUCCAGACUCAGCAUGUCUUAUAUGGAUCAGAAGUGCAAAGAACUAAUAGACACUGAGGAGAGUUACGUGAUGGAUUUGGCAGAUGUUAUACAGGGCUACAAGCAAGCAAUAGCAGCCACCAUCAAUCUCAUCACGGAAGAUGACCAAGACACCCUGUUUGGCAACAUCCAGGAAAUUCACGACUUCAAUAAAAAACUUUUGAAGGAAUUACAACAGUGCAAUAAUGACCCAGUACUGAUCGCCGAGUGCUUCCUUGAUAAUGAGAAGAAUUUCCGAGUGUACACGGACUACUGUACCAACUACCCAAGCACCAUGGAGGUGUUGAUAGAUUAUACCAAGUAUGAAGAUGUCGCGGAGUUCUUCAGGGAAUGCCAGUCGUAUCUUGGGCAUCCUCUGCCACUCGGAGCAUACCUCCUCAAGCCAGUUCAGAGGGUUCUCAAGUAUCAUCUGCUCUUCCAGGACAUGUACAAACACUUUGACAAGGACGAGGACGGUUACGAAACCAUCGGCGACGCCCUGGUGUGCAUGACGGGCAUUGCUCACUACAUCAACGAGAUGAAACGGAAACACGAAGCCUCGGUCCACGUGCAGGAGAUCCAGAGCCAACUGGUUGGCUGGGAGGGUGACCUCAUGUCAAGUGGCGAUCUUGUUCUCGAGGAUGUAUUCCGGAUGCAAGGAGCCAGGGCAGAGCGCUACCUCUACCUAUUUGAGAAGGUUUUACUCAUCGGCAAGAAACGGGAGGAUGGGUUAAUCAGCGUCAAGACGCAUAUACCUUGUUCCAACCUGAUGUUGAUUGAGAGCAUACAGAAGGAGCCGCUUGGCUUUAACGUGAUUCCCUUCGACAAUCCCAGCAUUCAGUACACAAUCCUGGCACGCAAUGUUGACCAGAAGAAACUCUGGAGCCACGAAAUCAAGCGACUGAUCUUGGAGAAUUACGGCAGUACAAUACCCACCAAGGUCUACGAGCUCAUCCUCAGAAGCACCAUGUCGGCCAAGACAGAGUCAGACAAAGAGGUCCCACCAGACCCUGACCUGACACGAGAUAAGAAAGAGAGGAAGUCCAAACGAAGACAGAAACGACGCAACUCAGAACCAAUGGGCAAGCUGAUCCGAGGUCAAAAGCAGGUCAAAGCUGCAGUGGAAAGCAUGAUUACUAAAGGAAUGAAGAGGCCAGAGCUGUCUAAAUGGAAUGGCAGACAAUCCAGUGGUGAUGUCAGAGCAGAGACAUGGAACGCGACGGACGAGUCCGAUAACGAAUCUUUGGAAUCCCCUCAUGGACAGUCUACAUCCCGUCUGAAUGAGGACACCCCAGAGCGAAGGAGCAGUUUGUCAGCUUGCUCAGACUCUACAAGAACCCCUGACUCAAGAAGCCCUGACAAACAACCAAUAGCAGAUAACCUUAGCCAAAGACUGAGCCGCAACAGCAUGGAGCUUGAUGGCAGCGUGUCGAGCACACACAGCGAUGAGGAGAAAGAGCGGGCGGCUGUACGGAGCAACCUGACCAAGAAACGGGAAUCCAACAGAGACUCUGGCAUCGGUAGCAUGACACUGUCUGAACACACUAGCACUGAAGGAGACCGAGAUGCUAAUGGCUCAGGCAGGCGGAGUGGAACUGAUAGGGGUAAGAGCUCUGAAGACCCAGCCAAGAAGCCAGAUCUUGUCCGGAGACGUCUUGGCUUGGAAGGCAGCGAGGAGGAUGACAAUGCCAUUGAGGAACUUAUCGAGAAUAUGGAAAGUCCUGAUGAGCUGGAAGCCUUAGAAUCCUUGCCUGAAAUUGUCCCUAAUGCUAGCGUGGGAAACGAGGAUGCUGUGGACCUGGAAUCCUUGCCGUCUUACAUCAAGAAGGUUUCCCCUUCGGAACCGUUCAAGCUCCGACACUCAAACAUCAAGAGCUACCGGCCUCUUGGCACUCGUAAAAAUGGAGACGUGUGGCUUCCAAUGUCCUCGGAGACUUAUGUCAGGAACCGGAGUUUAUCAUACGGUGCCCGGCCUCUCAGUGCAGACGUAGCAAUGCAUGUACCUCUCAAGGUUCCGCUUUCUCGGUCCAACAGUGAUGACAGAUGCAUGUUAGCUGCUGUUAGUGAGAUGCACAACCGAUCACACUCAGAUCCCAAUAUGCUGGACACAAACACAGAGGACAGGAGUGGUAGCCCAACUCGCAAAGAGAUCCUAGAUGCGUCUCCAUCAUCUCAUGGAGCAUCAGGAGAACUGUCCUCCUAUUCCUCCAAUGAAAAUCUUCUAGAAUCUGUCAACAGUGCCUUCAAAAAGCUAGGAGAGAAGUAUUCGCAGUUCCACCUCUCUGAUAAUGAGGAUGCCAAAACUGAAGCAGGAAAAGCGGCAUCAGACGAUAUAACUAGUACAUGCACUGUUUCAACAGGUAAGAGGUUUGAAGAGGAGAAACCCAACUCAGAGCCAGCGAAAUCUUGUCAACCAGAAGAAGAUCACACAAAAGAUGAAGCUCCGGCAGCUGUUGUACCAAAGACAGUCAUCAAGCUUGCUCGUGAGUUUAGCCGCAAGGCCAAAGAGAGUCCCAAACUUGUUGUGACAAGGCAUGUCUUUAGUGAUCCUUACGUAGAUCGGGAUGGCACAGCUCACACUGAGGGUUUCUCAAUAAAGGAAGACAAGGAUGGACAUGCUGUUGUCAGACCCAAGACAGCUAGCAAGGUCACUAGUAAAAUUGAGACCUUCCAGAGGGCCAUGACAGAGAAUGAGUCAUGGAUAGCACCCUCCAGGGGUCGGGUACGUCAUAUCUCGGAUUCAGUCUUUCAUGCCACUCUUGUCCGUAGCACUGGAUCGUCUUCAGAUGAGGACAAAACUGAAUCCCUGAGCCAGGACAACACUCCAUCAUUGAGUCGCAACAAUCGGAACAGGAAGUCAGUGCGAGAUGUGGUCAAGAAAUUUGAGAAACCUUCAUCAAAAAAGAAAGAAUCCAAAGUUGUGACCCCAGUCUCGAUGGGAAUACAGCAACGCCUGCAAUCCAUCCGGCAGAACGCAGAGUUCCACAAGCAGUCACAGGACGAGGCCAGCAGCUCCAAGAUAAAGUCUCUGCGGGAGAGGAGGCAAGAGCUUCAGGAAUGGGUCUCCAGACCCAUCCCCAAGAGGUACAACAAGACUGAGGGAAGCACCCUGGAGAUGUCUUACUCAGACACGGCAUCUCACUGCUCAGAUGAGCCAGACGGGAUGAGCAGCUAUGCUAGCAGCUUGCAGAGCAGCGCCCAUGCUUCACCUGUCCAUGUAGCAAGAGGUACCCUCAACCUGACCGGGUUUAGGGUUGAGAGUAGAGAGAGCAGUGCCCAUGCUUCACCUGUCCAUGUAGCAAGGAGUCCCCUUAACCUGACCGGGUCGGAAACAUCCACUGAGCCUUCCCCUCAAGACUCGGAGCCCAUCCUCUUCCGAUCGCUCAAGGAGCGCUUUCAAGAGCUUGAGAAGGCUGUCUCGAAGCCUGUCCCCAGGACUUGCGUCAACCCUAAGGAAGAAAUUAAAGCAGAGAAACAAAACAAAGCAGAGGAGCAACGGUUGCUGUCACAGUCGUCUAUCAAAGAAGAUGAACUGGUUGAGGGCACAAAACCAGAAGCAAAAGAGGUGGAAGAGGAAGUGGAGUUUAAAGAGAAUAUGGAAGAGGAGGAAACAGAACAACAAAAACAGUGUGAAGAAGACACCCACAGAUCAUCUUGCAGACCAAACGUCACGUCCAACAGCAGCCCUGUGUUUUUGAGAGCCCAGAGCUCUGAAGGUCUUCACAGGGCCACAUCCUGUGAGAGUAAUUACACUGACGCUAGGUCCGAAUUCUCUACUCAGGAUUCCUCUGAAGAAAGCUUUCAUUCUGGCUAUGCAACCCCCACCGAGUCCUAGCUUUAUCCACUUAAGAGUCGGUUUGUUAUAGUAUAUUGUGAGUUAUAUUUUUUGAGUUAAGAAAAUGUUUGACCCUACUGGAGGUCUUUAUAAUUAAAACAUAAAAUUAAAGAAAAUUGUUCAGACAAAUUCUCUCAUCUCGUUUCAAAAGGUCACAAAGAAGAUUUGUGAAUUUGUUUUCACUUAUUCAGAAGUACCACAUUACAUUGAUCAAAAAUGCUCCUGUGGCUAGUCCUUGCGACUAGUCGUAAUCACAAAUAAAUCAGAUGUUGCAUUGUUUCCGGGGAAAAAGUAGUAACUUGCUUUUUUAUGCUGCCUAUUUUUAGUUUUUCGCCUGGGCAAAAGGAAAGCAAAAAUCUAAGGGAAGAGUUAGUGCCAAUAUUCAAGUAUAUUACUGGAAACUGUUGUUUCACAAUAUUUUCUUAUAUGGAAAAGUCCAUGUAAAUACUUGUAAAAGAAAGUGAUAUUGUAAUUACGGACACAUAACAGGUUUUUUUUAAUGAAUGAAAACAAAAAUUUGUAUAACUGUCAAUUUUUUUAUUCAAAUACCCAAAGAUCAUAGUUGUUCUGUACAUUUGUACGUAUUACCCUUUAAACGGAUUUGAAAAAAAUUUGACUUAGCCACAUUUUUUGGCAUGUAUUGUAAUGUAAAAAAAAAGAAGUAAUGCUAACAAGUAAACGUACAAUGUAAGUUAGAAAUAUGACUAUUUGCUCUUUUAAUGGUGCGGCUAAUCCACUUUUUUGGUCUAUCAGUGGAUUGUUGAUUUUAGUGUGUGUGUGUACAACUUGUAAUUAAUAGCGUAUUAUUAUCUACAUGUAUAGUUUAUUUAAUAAUGUUGUUCAUAUUGUACAUUGCUUAAAGCUAUUGUAUUUUUUGUUCUUUUUUUUGAAAUCCUAGCAACCUAGGCUGUUAUAGUUGUGUUCAUGAAAAAAUGUUUUCAUUUUUGUGUACACUUCUUCACUUUCACGUAGACUGUAAAACCAUAAGGGUCAUGAUGCAAUUCUGGAGUAUCUAUUCCGAAAGGUAACACCCAAGUUUUGUAGUGUCGAACAACAGGGACUGUUAAUGGGCUGUGAGUGCAAUUACACAGGUUUGAAAAGAACAAAGUGGUAAAUUCACCCAGAAACCAGAACCCAAUUUUACGGCGCUGCUUAACAGUUAGCAAAAAAGUUGUGCUUAGCAUAGCAGAAAAUUUUGCUAACCUUAAGCACUUCACGGUGUGGAUGUGCUAAAGGUCACGCGUGCAUGGAGAUUUCUUUUGUAACGUCACUAAGCUAAGCAAAUUUUUCCUCUGAAGUAAGCAUGCCUUUUGCUGUGCUUAUGCUUAUGGUCUCCAUGAAAUAGAUGGAGGCUCUGUUAGCGGAAAAUCAUGUGCUUAGCAGCACCGUGAAAUUGGGCCGAGGUGUUUUAUAGAUGAAUCUGGGCACGUGAUCACUACACACAUACAAGGCCCCCUUCGAUGGUGAAAGCAUUGUGCAAGCUAUUGUACAAAGUGUCUGCCCCACGAUGCCCACAAUGCUUUCGCCAUGGAAGGGGGCCUUCGUGAUAGAACUGAUAGCAUGGUACAGAUGGGCUUCAUUUUCAUUGUAGGUGACAGCCAGUAAGGUUUGUAUCAAAUAAGUACAUGUAUUACCAUACUAUGCCAACACAUGAUCAGCCUUAUUGCUCAAGAA